AUGAGCGCGGAGAAUGUCGCGGCGGUGAGUAUUGAAAAUUCAGAAAGUUGAAAGAAAAACUGGAAUUAUUUUCCAGACAGCAGAUCAAGAAGAAGGUCCUUCUGAUCGGUGAGUUAUCUGAAAUUAAAGAAAUUCAAUUACAUAAAUUACUCCAGACGUGCUUCGAACAGUCCGUGCAAUCGAAAUCAAUCGGAAAGUAUUUUUCAAGGGUAAGCUUAAUUUAAUUAGAAUUUUCUGUUAAUAAUUAUUGGAAAAUUAUUACUUAAAUUUGCAGAGAGAAUCAGUUGUACCCCUCCCGUCGAACACCAGCCAACCACGAGCAUCAGAAUCAGCAACAGAAGGCCAAUUCGGCUCUGGAUCUUCCGGCAAACGUGCUCCACGAAUACAUCCCGCCGAGCCCUCCGCAGAGCACUUCCCGUCAUUUCCACUCGUCAUCGACUUCAGCUUUGGGCGAAGUGGCCGGUGGGAAAUGUCCUUUUUACUCGUAAACAGUACGAUUCUUGAAGCUUUAUUUGGAGCCCGAUUCCCGAGAGAAGAGCACAGCAGUGAGAAAUCCGUCAAUAUUCUACCAGUGAGCCGAAAUUUAGCGGAACACGUGUCGAAUCUGAUUGCCAUCGGAAGAAAACCAGGCACUGUUGCGCAGCGAAAGAGUGAGUGGAAUGAAAAGAUUUGGGAAGAAUGAGUACAAAGUCAGAACCGACAAAUCUUCCGGAAGAGAAUCCGGGAGCACGUCCGGUGCUCGGAUGGCAAGCCGAUAAGAAGACGUUGCGGGAGAGAAUCGCCCAUAUGUACUGCAACGAGACGCUUGCCGACGUCUUCUUCGUUGUCGGAACGGAAGAUUCCAGACAGAGAAUUCCUGCUCACAAAUUCGUGCUCUCCAUUGGCAGCGUCGUUUUCGAUGCCAUGUUCAAUGGAGGACUGACACCGAAAAACACAGGUGAAAGCGGCAGAAUAUCAGGAAACCAAUGCCAAUUAUUUUGCAGAAGAGGCCCUAGAGAUCGAAUUGCCCGAUGUGGAACCGUCUGCAUUCCUAACUCUUCUCAAGUUUCUCUAUUCGGACGAAGUGAGCAUUGGUCCUGAAUCAGUUAUGACCACUUUAUACACAGGUAGGCAGGACGCCUCGGGUUUAACCACAAUUCCCUGAAAUUUCAGCAAAGAAGUACGCAGUUCCGGCCAUGGAAAAAGCGUGUGUUCAGUUCCUAAAACGGAGUCUCCUCCCAGACAACGCAUUCAUGAUGCUUUCACAGGCGAAGCUCUUCGAUGAGCCGGAAUUGAAACAACAAUGUCUAGAAGUUAUCGAUAAGAACACUUUGGAAGCGCUGAACGGAGAGGGAUUCACGGAAAUCGAUUUGGACACGUUGUGCGAUUUUUUAAAGAGAGAUGGACUCCGCAUUCGCGAACUAUUCCUGUUCCAGGUAA